AUGGGCUUCAUUUACACAGAAAAGUUGCCACACUUCUACAGUCAUUUCGUGGUCACUGGUAUGCUGGCAGCUAUGGACAGGGGAUUCAAAAAGUUCAUCCUUCAGAGUUUCCUACUCUCUCAUCAGCAUUUGCUUCUUCCUGAGGACCAGCUCACCCUCUGCUGCAAGGUGAGCAUAGUAGGACUACACUUUAGUAUGCCUGGAGAGAACAUGACACCUGCAAUCAAGGAUUCAAGGCACAUACUAAAAGUUGACCUAGAGGAGCUGUGGGAGAAUUCCACCUUCACAGACUGUUGCCUGCUUGUAGCUGGUCAUGAAUUCAGAGUUCACAAGGCCAUUCUAGCAGCUUGCUCUCCAGUUUUCAGAGCCAUGUUUGAACAUGAAAUGCAGGAGAGCCUAAAGAACCAUAUUGAGGUUGACCUGGAUCCCCAAGUCUUCAAGGAGAUGAUGGGCUUCAUUUACAUGGGGAAGGCAUCGAACAUUCACAGCCACUCCAUGGCUAUUGGUGUGCUGGCAGCUGCUGACAAGUAUGGCCUGGAGGACUUGAAGGUCAUGUGUGUGGAUGCCCUCUGCAGGAACUUCUCUGUGGAGAAUGCUGCACAUACUCUCAUCCUGGCUGACCUCCACAGCACAGAGCAGCUCAAGACUCAGUUUCUGGAUUUCAUUAUACUUCAUGCUUCUGAUUUCUGUGAGACCUCAGGGUGGAAGUCAAUAAUGGAGUCACAACCCCACUUGGUGGCUCAAACAUUCCAGCUCCUGACUUCUACACCUUGCCCUUUCUUGGAGCCCUCACUCAAAUGCCUAAAGCAAUCUUAG